ACAAUUUUAAUCAGUCCGUAAAUGCACAUAUCAUGACGACAACGAUCGCUUAGAGUUUAGUUACAUAAAACAAAAUUUAUGUGUAUAUAUAUAUCAGUAAAUAACAACGUCUGUAUAAAUAUUAUAUCAAUACGCGAUCGAAUCAAUAAAUUUACCUGGUACAAGCAUUAAAAACCAAAAGAACAACUAAAAGAUAUUCAGUUGCGCGUUGCUAGAUAAAAUGAACAACACAAUAGACUUCAGUCCUUCAAGCUCGUCACACCAGAGUAUUGCCAAUUGUUAUUACUGCAAUGACGCGGUUGAUUACGAAUAUUUGCACAAACAUGUUAAAACGUGUGGUGAAAUUUUAGAAGAGUGUUCUUGUGGUGAUUUUGUCCCGCGAAAGAAUAAAAUUAUUCAUCGAGAACAGUGCCAGUUAAAUUUAACUUCCGGAGAAAUUUAUCAGGCUGUUAAUUCAAUGAGUGCAGCGUUGAAAGACGAAGAAAACUCGCGGAAGAAAUCAGAGGACCAGCUUGUGUUUAUGAUCAGACAAUUGGAGGACAAUGUGGAGUACGUCACCAAGUUGAUGGACAAUUUGUGGAAGAAUGUGAUGGAGGAGUCGUGUCAAGAAAUGGCGCGACACCGCCAGCAGCAGUUUUACUUAAUGAACAUCGACAAAAAGUUGAACAAUUUGGAAGAAAUAUUGAACGGAGUUAAAGAGAGAACCAGUAAAAAUUUCCAAGCACUCGCUUAUAGGCUGGAUGUCAUCCAGGGUGCAAUUACCGACAACCAGCAGCGAGAGCUGGACAAUUUAAACUGUGAAAUUAGGAUGGAAAAAUUAGAAAGCGAGCUGAAGGAUCUGAAGACUUUUGUCGCCAAGGAGAGCAUUUUGAUCAGCGACAUUUGGGAUGAUCACAAGCAGCAGAUAAACUGCAUAAAGCACCAGCUGGACUUGCGGCUAACUGAAGUAAAAGACAGCGAGCGUAAAUUGCAGUCAGUGAAUGAUAAGAUAGAUUUAUUGAUCGAGGAGCUCAAGUGCCACAGCGAGUGCAUUGAUAAGCAUGAAAUGGUUACCAAGUCGCUGAAAUUCCAGCUAAACAGCACCAUCAAGCGUCUUGAGGAGCUGAUGCUUUCAAAUUUGGUGCAGAAAAAUUUGUUGUCUUCUUACAACGCGGUUGGCAAUUUAAAUUACUUCAAGAACAGCAGGGAAGAAAUAGUCACUGCAAUUCCUAUUACGCAUGGAAGACUUUUAUGGCGGAUUGACAAUUAUUGUGAGAAAAUGAUCGAAGCUAAGGAACACGAGGCCGUUGUUAACAGCCCGACGUUUUUUAGUAGAGAAUACGGUUAUUUGUUGAAAAUGGAGUUGUAUUUGAACGGAAGAGACAGGUGGAAAGACAGGAACAUCAUUGGGUGCCUCAAAGUCGUCGAAGGCCCUUGGGAUCCCUUAUUAGAGUGGCCUUGUACUCUCCGAGCACGUGUCACACUUCGUGAUCAAGAUAAUUCGGGGAAUAAUGUUAAAAAAAUUGUCAAGACCAAAGCGACUAGACUGAAGGAUUGUAAUAAGUCUUUACGUGGGACAGUUGGCGAUUGUGAUUGUAAUGUAGACUCGGCUAUUGAUAUGUUCAUUCCUCACACGGUUUUAAAUAGACAUAAUGGAUUUACUAAAAAUAAUUUGUUGUUCCUUGAUAUACAAAUUACUGAACUACAAAGCAAUCUAUCAGCUUCUACGUCGGCUUUAGAUAAAUAGUUUUUAGGGUUUACUUCUGUUGCUAUUUAUAAUUAUUGUGUAAUCUAUCUUUUGCAAAUGUACGUUUGUAUUAACAGUACUGAUAAAUUUAAGACUUUUUUUUUUUUUUAUUUACUCGGCCUAAGUGAUACCGAAAAUAACCGACGGAUUAUUAUGUCA